AUGGCGAACACUAAUCCACCGGACGGAGGAGGGUCCGUUGAUGAGCACUCACAGGUCCGUCACAGAGUGGCACGUCCCCCGAAGGAGGGUUUGGCAAAGGAGUUCAAGUCGGGCAUUGAAGAAAUGUUUUUCCACGAUGCGCCUCUUCGAGAUUUCAAGGACCAAAGCGCAUCUAAGAAGGCGUUGCUUGGAAUCCAGGCUGUAUUCCCGAUCAUUGGCUGGGCUAGAGAGUACAAUCUUAAAAAACUUCAAGGCGAUGUUAUUUCCGGUCUCACCAUUGCUAGUCUUUGCAUCCCUCAGGAUAUCGGAUAUGCAAAGCUCGCUAAUCUGGAUCCAAAAUACGGACUUUACUCGAGUUUCGUGCCACCAUUGGUGUACGCGGGCAUGGGGAGUUCUAGAGAUAUUGCCAUUGGACCAGUGGCUGUGGUGUCUCUUCUACUUGGUACUCUGUGCCAGGCCGUGAUCGAUCCAGUUGAGAACCCUGCUGAAUAUCUCCGCCUUGCUAUCACCGCCACUUUCUUUGCUGGCAUUUUCGAGGCCGGCCUCGGGUUUCUCCGGUUGGGAUUCUUGAUAGACUUUCUCUCGCAUGCGGCGGUGGUUGGGUUUAUGGGAGGCGCAGCCAUCACAAUCGCUCUCCAACAGCUUAAGGGUUUUCUUGGCAUAAAGAAAUUCACCAAGAAAACUGAUAUUGUUUCCGUCAUGCAGUCCGUAUUCGCGGCUGCUCGUCAUGGGGGGAAAAAGCACAGGAAACUCUUUUGGGUUCCGGCGAUUGCUCCUCUUAUUUCCGUCAUUGUCUCCACUUUCUUUGUCUUCAUAACUCGUGCGGACAAACAAGGAGUCCAAAUUGUGAAGCAUAUUGAUCAAGGAAUCAAUCCGAUUUCCUUCAAUAAGAUUUUCUUCUCGGGAAAAUAUUUGACCGAAGGAAUUCGAAUUGGAGGCAUUGCUGGUAUGGUCGCCUUAACGGAAGCUGUAGCGAUUGGAAGAACAUUUGCCGCAAUGAAAGACUAUCAGAUCGAUGGGAACAAAGAGAUGAUCGCGUUGGGGACUAUGAAUGUAGCCGGUUCCCUCACUUCCUGCUACAUUGCCACUGGUUCGUUUUCACGAUCUGCCGUGAACUACAUGGCGGGAUGUCACACAGCAGUUUCAAACAUAGUGAUGGCCAUAGUGGUAGCUCUAACAUUAGUGUUCAUCACACCGCUCUUCAAGUACACUCCAAAUGCCAUCCUCGCAGCCAUCAUUAUAUCAGCUGUCAUCGGUCUUAUCGACAUUGACGCUGCUGUCCUCAUAUGGAAGAUCGAUAAACUCGACUUUGCGGCUUGCAUGGGAGCUUUCUUAGGAGUUGUCUUUGUUUCUGUCGAGAUCGGCCUCUUGAUCUCCGUUGUGAUAUCGUUUGCGAAGAUUCUGUUGCAAGUGACGAGACCAAGAACGGCGAUUCUUGGAAAGGUUCCAAAGACGAAUGUGUAUCGGAACACUCUGCAGUACCCUGAUGCUGUCAAGAUUCCCGGAAUCAUGAUCAUCCGUGUUGAUUCGGCCAUCUACUUUUCCAACUCCAACUAUGUCCGAGAAAGGGCACUAAGAUGGUUGCGAGAAGAGGACGAACAGGCUACAGCACAGGACAUGCCAGCAAUCAAGUUUGUUAUUAUGGAAAUGUCACCGGUUACCGAUAUUGAUACCAGUGGUAUUCACUCUAUUGAAGAACUUCACAAGAGUCUCGAGAAGAAACAUAUCCAGUUGCUUCUUGCAAAUCCGGGACCAGUGGUGAUAGAGAAGCUGCAUACUUCGAAGUUUGCAGAAGAGAUUGGAGAUGAAAAUAUCUUCCUCAGUGUUGGCGACGCAGUGGCGUAUUGCUCUCCUAAAUUGGCUGAGCAACAAGCUUGA